AUGAACGCCCAGGUCUCGUUUCUCGACGGUAACUACACCCUCAUCCACAUUCCCCUCGACCUCUACUCGGUGCUGCUGCAGCCUAUCCUCCGCGUCCUUCUUCCCCAGACCCAGACGCUCAAGGCGUCAAAGGGCGAACCGGAACAUGAGCUCGAAGGGCUGAAUGCCGAGAGCCAGCAUGGCUUCCUCAACAUCAGCGUCACUCCCAUGGAGUGUUCCAUCGUCUGCCACAGCUCGUGGGCCAAGAAUGUCUUUGAGCCCGCGAUUAACGACCUUCCCAAAGACAUUGCCAAAUCUGUCUCAAUAUCCAAAGACACGUACCUCGUCCUCUCCGUCAUUAGCGCCGGCAUGGAUGCCGCCGGCCGCGUCAUGGAAUUGACCUCUCCCUUGGCCCUGGCCGGCAUCCCCAUCUUCUUCAUUACCACCUACUACUCCGACUUCAUCCUCGUGCCCACCAAGGACAGGCAGACCGUGGUCAAGGCAUUGCUGGCCCGGGGUUUCGAACUGGCCGACAACAAUUCCAACUUCGUCAGCCCCGCUGCCUCUGUCCACUCCCGCGGCCCAAGCCAGAACAACGGCCCACCGCUGACGCCUCCGCCCUCGACCGUUGCCGAGCUCCAGGUGCGCACCUUUGACCUGCUCAAGAAGAGGAGUGUAUCGCCCUACGUCGAGGACGACUUGCUAUUGGUGCAGUGCUCGGGGCGGGAGACCUCCCAGCUCGGAGGUGAACUGUCCCACACCCAGCGACCUUCCCUGAGCCGCCAAGUGACGGGCAACGGCCACCGCCAGACUUGGCUGGACAACAUCGACGCGAAGCUGUACACCGCCAUGAUCUCGGCCCUGGCGGCGCGACCCCGCUUCAUCUCCAUCACUUUAGCCCAGGAGGACCCGCCGUCGCUGUUGCUCGACAAGUCGCUGCUCGGCCUCUUUGGCGACUCUCUCGUUGGGGACACCAAGACGAACCUCACCCCAAUCUUCUUGGAUCUCGAAAGUCUUCCGCUUGAAGCCACCGGUAUCGUCUGCGGCGUGGCAGGCACCCUGGUGCAAGAAAUGCGCAUGGGAGACAGCGCAGGGCUUUCCUACCUCUCCACCGCCAGAGCCGGAGCCGUCAUCCUCUCUUGCGAACAGUCGAUUCGCGCUCUCGAGAUUCUCACGCCCAAGUUGUUCAAGGCUUGA